UGAAAGUUCUUUGGAGCGGAUUUCAGUUCUCGCGUCUUUCAAGAUUGCAAUUGAUUUAAUCUUCACAUGAAGCUGACAGAUGUAUGCAGUAAACUCUAUAAACGUUCUGCAGCUCAUUUCCCAGACCUUGAAUAUUAUAAGUAUGAAUAUUACAGGACUCCAGUUCUUAAAAAUUCAGUAAUUGGAAAAGGUGAUAGAGGAAGAAGAGCUAUCUGUAUUGAAGAAAUGUUAGCAAUGUUAGCUUGUUUAAAAAAUAGUGAUUAUGAUGAACGCCCUUGUACACAAGUAGUAGACACAUUCAAUAAAUGUGUCCAAGUAAUGGAGGAAAAGCGUAAAGCAAAGAAGGAUGCGCGGAAGUCAGGACUUGAGUUUUCUUCUACAAAUUCUGGUGGACCAGUUGAUCGAUUAUCAUCAGAACAAGUUACUAGACUUUUAAGACGUUUCCCAGAACCUUAGUGUUAUUUCAGCCCAUUGUUUGUACAUAUGUAGUAUCUAUUCCUAGUACUAACCAAUGUGUAUUCGGUUUUGUAAAAAUAUAACUGCUUUAAUUUA